AUGUGUUUGUCGCUGACUUACUUUGCAGAGUUUCAACCUCCUGUCAUCGACAAUCAGAUAUACUACGGCAGUUUCCCCCCAACUCCGUACGAUCAUCACCCUCUUCUCCAACCUGGAAACCCCCAGGGAGCCGAGUUUCAGUAUCUGGCUGAAAACGACUAUGCCUCCGAGAAGAGCUUUGUACAUGGCAGAGCCCCUUCCGUGGAGUGUCGAGACUAUAAAGAUGGGGAUGUGAGGGUGGUCAAUGCGCAUCACCAGCGCAUCCCCUCCUCUCAGAGUGUUCAUACUCUCCCCCGCAAACGCAAGGCUUCGUCUGAGGACGAGUACGAUCUCCCAGCUCAGAAGAAAGCAGUGCUCGCUCAAGUCCACGUCCAGGAUCCCAACGGCGACUAUUACGACCUUAGCGGUCAAACAUCACCUUAUUCUACCUUCGUGCCGACCCCAACCGGCAGCACUGGCCUGCCUGCAAGUGUUAGCCAUGGCGCGUCCCCUAGGCCUUCUGGUCACCACUAUUCAACUUCAACUGCAUCUCAGGUCUCUCUGGCGGCUCCUUCGCCACAUACCCCUGCGUUCAGCCCCUCAUUCACCACCGUCAAGAGCGAGCAGAGUCCGGCAGCUCCCAUGACACCUAUCCCACGUCCAACAACAAGCUCACCUUUGAAAUCGUCAGUCCCCAAGCUGUUUCGCACGUCCACCAUGCAACAGUCACCGACAGCCCCCUGCUCGACGAUUGCCAUCGGACAGACUCAGACCUUCAACCCAUAUACCUUGUCAACCCUCAAGGCCAAUCUUAAGCUCAAAGGUGACUUGGACAGCAUGAAACAAGACUGGACUACUGAGGAGAAAGAAGCUCGCCGGCGCCUUGUCGUAUUUGAGCGAGACCAAUCCGGCAGCACGAUUACGGCGAGCUUCAAAGCAGUCGCUCCUCAGGAUCGCCAAGCCAGCAGCAUUUGCAUUAGCUGCAUCUGGUGGAAAGAGAAGAACGAGUUCUACGUUACCUCCGUCGACACCAUCUAUCUUCUUGAAGCCUUGGUCGGGGUCCGUUUCACUGUUGAGGAGAAGAACCGCAUUCGUCGCAACCUCGAAGGCUUCCGCCCCCUGACUGUCUCCAAGGCCCGAUCCGACAGCGAAGAAUUCUUCAAGGUUAUCAUGGGCUUUCCUCACCCAAAGCCACGCAACAUUGAGAAGGACGUCAAGGUCUUUCCGUGGAAGAUCUUGUCGACCGCAUUGAAGAAGAUCAUCUCCAAGUACUCUGCAAGCUAUUCUUCGACUGCGGCUCCGCUCCUUACGCCCGCUUCUUCCAUCUACAGCGGAGAAGGUCUGUCUGAAUAUCAAUAUCCUUCUUCGCCUCAUCCCGAAUACAUGGCCGCUGCGGGGUAUCCGUUGAACUCUGAAAUGGGAUACCUUCCCCAAGCUGUCCAGAUGCGCGUGCCUGGACCUGUCGUGACCGGACCACCCGAGCUGCAGUUGCAGAUGCCCGAGUACGUCCCUGCCUACGAUAUGAAUGGCCAAUACAUCUAUCAGAAUGGAGUUCCAGUCACCCAAGCGACGAUGGGUAUGCCAGCCCACCCGAUGACUGCUCCCGUUACACGCAUGCCUACAUGGGAAUAUACCACUUUUGUCAAUGACAGCCCCGUCACCAUUGCACCGCAAAGUGCACCACCUACAGCUUACCCACGUGGACCCAUGGCUGAGGCGGCCGACUUCAUGCCACAUAUGCACUACCAACAACACUAA